AUGUCCACCUCAAACACAAACGACAGUAUCAGCACCUCGCGCUACACGGAUAAGCUGAAGAACACCCAUUAUGUGUUGGAAAACGAUCCUCUGCCUUCAGAGAUCCCCCAUGUCACUGAGAUCGGUGCUACAACCGCUCCAUUGAUGUCUGCUGCCUUCUUCAUUGGAGCCAGAUGCCAACCUUACAAUGACGAUUUCAUGCUGUGCCAAAAGGAGGCUAACGGAAAGGGUCCCAUUGACUGUUUGAAGGAGGGACGCAGGGUGACGAGGUGCGCGGCGUCCGUUUUGAAGGAUAUCAACACACAUUGCGCAGAUGAAUUCAAGUUGCACUGGAGAUGUCUCAGUGCCGGCAACUUGGAGUACAAGAACUGUAGAAAGGCGGAAACCCUGUUGAGCAAAUGUGUGUUUGACAACUUGAAGCUGGUCAAGACGAUCCCAGGAGUUGAAGAACAGAUCCAUCUCAAGGCCAAGCCGGUCUACAAACCCAUCGUUGAAGAUAGGGCUUCGAAGUUGGCCUUUGAAGCUGCCAAGGCUGAGGGAAAAAUCUAA